AUGAAUCCAAACGGAACCAACGCUCAACCACCAGAGAAUAAUCUUAACAUUAAUCCACUCAAACAGCAUUACAACAAACCUCCUCGCCAUUCGAACACCACAUCAACUCCAUCUUUCAAUACAAACAAAUCAACACGAACCAAACGCAAAACCAAGCCAAAAUCCACAAUGCAAGGGACAGAGCCUCCUAUUCGCGGGUUCCAUUCAGCCACAUCCACAGACACAUUAAUCGAACUGUCGACGACUUCCAUCCACGGUUCCACACCCACCAAUGACUUCCCCAACACCCUCACACCAUCAGAAAAAUGUGUGGAACCGUGGAUGGAAGUCGUCGACAGUUCGAUUAAUGUGUCUGUGGAU